AAGAAAUUGAAACAAAACAUUUGGACCUGACCAUGUUAAUAUGGCGUCAACGUACGUCAGUCUAGGUUCGGUUUACAGUAAUAUGGGAGAGUACGAAAAAGCAAAAGAUUUUUAUGAACGAGUGAUAGAAAUUAAAACAAAAGCAUUUGCACCUGACCAUGUUAAUAUUGCAAUAAGUUAUAACAUCCUGGGUUUUGUUUACUAUAAUAUGGGAGAGUACGAAAAAGCAAAAGAUUUUUAUGAACGAGCGAAAGAAAUUGAAACAAAAACAUUUGGACCUGACCAUGUUAAUAUUGUGACAACGUACAGCAAUCUGGGUUCGGUUUACAGUAAUAUGGGAGAGUACGAAAAAGCAAAAGAUUUUUUUGAACGAGCGAUGGAAAUUAAAACAAAAGCAUUUGGACCUGACCAUGUUAAUAUUGCGACAACGUACAACAAUCUGGGUUUGGUUUACAGUGAUAUGGGAGAGUACGAACAAGCAAUAGAUUUUCAUCUACGUGCGAUGAGAAUUCAAACAAAAACAUUUGGACCUGACCAUGUUAAAAUUUCGAUAACGUACAGCAAUCUGAGUUUGGUUUACAUUAAAAUGGGAGAGUACCAAAAAGCAAAAUAUUUUUUUGGACGAGCGAAGAAAAUUCAAACAAAAGCAUUUGGACCUGACCAUUUUAAUAUUACGUGAAAGUAAUCACGUUGUAAUUUUCUGUGAUAGGAAAAACACAAAAAACCAACACAAUAAAGUUUAUAACGAUAGAACUUGAAAGUGAAGAAUUUGACCUAUAUUUAUCUUUUAUUUGCCAACAGCUAAAAUUCUUCCGUAUUUGAGAAACGUUUAACGAGAUAAAGGAAGAAAAAAAGGACAAAAGACAGUUGUUUUUCAGUAUAAAGCGAUAGAAAUUGAAACGAAAACAGUUGGACCUGAACAUGUACUGCAAUAAUAGACAACAAUCUUAAUCUUCAUUUGGUUAUAAACAAACUAUAGAUAUUGAAACUGAAGCAUUUGGACUUCUAUUUAUCUUUUAUUUGGUAAAAGCUAAAAUAUUUCUGUCUUUGAGAAAACGUACAAGGAGAUAGAAGAAGAGGAAAGGAAUUUGUAGCUCAUUUUCAAUGAAGUAGAAAAUCAAUUUCUCUUUUCAUUUUAGGUAUGUCUUCUUUAUACUAACGCUAAUUAGAAACAGUUGUAUUGUAGAUUUCUUUCAACAAAGUUCAAAUAGCAGCAGUUGUAUAUUUAUAAAAGGUAUAAAUAUAUUAUUGACAAUAUUCAAACAUUUGUAUUUUCAAGUUUUCGACUGUCAUUUAUUUACUGGAACAGUUUUUAUUAAUAAACUUGUAUGGAACUAUCAAAGUA